GACUGCCUCUCCUUGUCCGCGGAUCGGCAGCCGAUUUUUCCCACCGCAGCUGGCGGCACGCGCACCGCGCUGCAGUGCUACCAGGACUUCAUGGCCGCGUUUCUCAGAGCCAUGGGCAACCAUGUUGGGUCCACCAUCUGUGAGCUUCAGGUUGGUAUGGGCCCUUGCGGCGAGCUGCGCUACCCAUCCUACCUCAUGUCGAAUGGCUGGAACUGGCCAGGCGUGGGGAUUGCCAUGUCCUACGACAAGGGCAUGCUGCAGAUGCUCAAGGACGACGCCGGGAUGACAGAGCCUCCGAAGUCUUUGCCGGAGGACCAGAAUGCCAUGCCGGACGACAUCCCUAUCUUCAAAUUGCCUGGCAUGGAAUUCCGAAGCGGCGCCCCGAAGGCUUUCCUCGAGUGGUACUCUUCGGUGCUCAUUCGUCACGGCAGAGACGUGCUCUCCGAGGCGAAAAAGGCCAUCGAUCGAGUGGGCUCCUACCCUGCGGACAAGUUCUGCUUGUCGGUGAAAGUCUCGGGCCUCCAUUGGCACGUGACGCAUCCUUCCCGCGCGACCGAGGCCUGCGCCGGCUACAACUGCUGCACUAGUGAAGCCGCCGAUGCCUACAUGGCGAUCGCGAAGAUGCUCGCCGAGUCGUCAAAGGACGCGAAGAGGCCCAUCUUGUUCAAUUUCACCUGCAUGGAGAUGACAAACGACUCCAACGGUGGUGUGCCGAAGGCGCUCUCUGCACCAGAGGACCUCAUCGCGCAAGUGCGCAAAGCAUGUAUUUUCCACCAGGUGCCCCUGGCAGGUGAGAAUGCCUUGGAGUUUGACAUCGCUACCGGCGACUGGGCCUUCAAGCAGAUGGAGAAGCAGAUUCGAAGUUUCUCUCCAGGAGCAGAUGCGAUGCACGGCCUCACGCUUCUGCGGCUGUCGGACAACUUUGUAAG